GACGCCUGUGUGGGAGGAAUGACCCCGCGGGGCCGGGCCAUGGGGCUGCGGUCAGCUCUGCUGCUUCUCUGGGUCCCAGGCUGUUUCUGUCUGAGCGGCCCCGGCACUGUGCAAGGCACCGAGGGGGGAUCCCUGAGUGUGCAGUGUUGGUACGAGGAAGAACACAGAGCUCUGGCCAAAUUCUGGUGCCGUCACCUGUGUUGGCCAGGGGGGGAGAUCGUGAAGACGAAACCGCCAGAGGUAGAAGCGCGGAGCGGCCGAGUGUCCAUCAGGGACCAUCCUGCAAACCUUACCUUCACCGUGACCUUGGAGAACCUCAGCAGCAAGGACGCGGGCACAUACCAGUGUGGAGUGGAUGAGCCAUUGAGGCUAGACACCAACUUCCUGGUGAAGGUGUUCGUGUCCCCGGCACCGACGAUGUCACCAACACCUGCAGCCAAGACCGUGACCACCACAGCGGGAGUUUCAGCUGUGUCGUCCACCACGCUGGCCCCUGUCACACCCAGCAGCCAGGAGGACUCCCACUGGGGCCCCAGCCCUGGGCUCCCCGUGAUGCUCUCCUUGUUAGCGCUGUUGCUGCUUCUCUUGGUGGGGACCUCGCUGCUGGCCCAGAGGAUGCUUCGGAGACCCGUCAAAGGUGGCCAGCACUCAGAGCCACCCCAGAGCACCGGGCAGGUGGUUGUGCAGAGUGAGCCCUACUAUGUGAAUCUGGAGCUGCAGCCACAGCGCCUGCGGGAGGAGCCAGCGCCUGCCAGGCAGGCGGAGGUGGAAUACAGCACUGUGGCCGCCCCCAGGGAAGAGCCUCACUACUCCUUGGUGACGUUUGAUGGACAGCUUCAGGAUUCCAGCGUCAGCAGGACCCCCGCCCAGAUGGGCUCCAAGCAGGAGCCCGAGUACAGCGUGGUUAGGAAGCCCAAGGGCGGCUCCUGAACAGACCCCGCCCCCUGGAGCCCCCUCCCCACCAUGGCGACUGACAGGCAGCUGGACUCCCAGGUGACGGUUGUCCCCUCCUGCCCCAUCAGCCGGGCUGGCUCCAGGCAGGAUGAGCAGGGCUGGGGUUCUGGGGGCCAGCAGGAAGCCCCCACCCCACUGGCCUCUUCCUCCUUACCCCUGCUUCCUUCAGCUCCUCCCCACUGUGGCUCCAGGGGGUGACAGCUCCUGCAGAGCAGCACCCGCAAAGAGCAUCGUCACUCGCAGCUCCGUAGACACUGCUGGGGCUGCCGCGAGUGGGGAGGCCGGGCAAGGCUGGAAGGAGAACGUGGAGGAAGAGGCUCACCCACAUACUAGGGGACAUGGAGACACCAAAGAGCCACUGCCUCCCCAUCUCACACAAGAAAACUGAGGCCCAGAGAGAGAAGGACCUUGUGUAUGGCCCCUGAAAGGAUGGCCUUUUCCUCUGGACUCUUAGAUAGCUUCAGCAGUUUUAUUUUAGUAUAAGAGACACAAACAGGGGUCGGUGCAGUGGUGUCGCAGGUAAAGCUGCCGCCUGCGAUGCCAGCAUCCCAUGUGGGCACCUGUUCGAGUCCCGGCUGCUCCACUUCCAAUCCAGCUCCCUGCUAAUGCACCUGGGAAAGCAGUGGAAGACGGCCCAAGUGCUUGGGUCCCUGCACCCACAUGGGAGACCUGGAAGAAGUUCCUGGCUCCCGACUUCAGCCUGGCCCAGCCCUGGCCAUUGUAGCCAUCUGGGGAGUGAGCCAGUGGAUAGAAGACCUCUC